UUCCAAUCCCCUCCAAAUCAUGUGAUUCAGGUGUUCCAAUCCCCUCCCAAUCAUGUGAUUCAGGUGUUCCAAUCCCCUCCAUGGACACAGGUGUAUACAAUCAAGCCCCUAGGCAUGCAGACUGCUUCUACAAACAUUGGUGAAAGAAUGGGUCGCUCUCAGGAGCUCAGUGACUCCAAGCGUGGUCCCGUGAUAGGUGGCCACCUGGGCAAUAAGUCCAUCCGUGACAUUUCCUGGCUACUAAAUAUUCCACGCUCAACUGUUAGUGGGAUUAUAACAAAGUGGAAGCAACUGGGAACAACAGCCACUCAGCCACCAAGUGGUAGGCCACGUCACAUGACAGGGCGGGGUCACCGCAUGCUGAAGCGCACAGUGCGCAGAAGUCGCCAACUGUCUGCAGAGUCAAUAGCUAAAGACCUCCAAACUUGGUGUGGCCUUCAGAUGAGCCCAACAACAGUGUGUAGAGAGCUUCAUGGAAUGGGUUUCCAUGGCCGAGCAGCUGCAUCCAAGCCUUCCAUCACCAAGUGCAAUGCAAAGCGUUGGAUGCCGUGGUGUAAAGCACGCCGCCACUGGACUCUA